ACUCCUUUGUCGGGAAGGUUGGCUAAUCCUGUGGCUUUUUCGUUGGCAUUGGUUCACUGAUAAGGUGGCCGAUGGGCACGGCUUCUUGCGGGCGUCGUUAUAAAGAUCGGGCUGGCGAUCCGCCCGGCAUUACUGAUGGCCUGUGUCAUCGGAGAUUCUGCGGCAUCAUGAUCCGUCCAACUGCCCGUCUGUUUCUCAUCUGCCUGGCAGUGUUUUCUUUUCAUCCCAAAGGAAUUUUUGCUAGUGAGGGAGAACAAGAUGGGGCCGUGAAGGACAUAGUGCCAUCGGGACCGUCCCACAUGGCCAUCAAGGGGGUCAACACGGUGACGGUGGGGGUGCCGUACGCCUUCACGUGCUCAGCCACCUGCAGCCCGGCCUGCACCUUCUCCUGGAGGAACGGGAACCGGACCUCCACGGGCGCUGAGCUCACCCUACAGCUGAAGGCCCGGUCUCCCCUGGAGAUCCUUGUCUGCGUGGCGGUCAACCCGGACACCGGCAAGAGAGCCACUGUUAGCAAGACGCUGGGGGUGACAGUGGGCCCCUCGAACAUAAUGAUCAAUGGGCCCUCAAUGCUGACCCUUCGAGUUGAAAACCACUUCACCUGCACAGCCGACUGCUAUCCCUCCUGCACCUACCUCUGGAAAUGGAUGUGGGAAGGGCAGGUUCUGGGCAGUUCGAGCGGAGCCACGUUGUCGAUAAUACCCCCUGAAACUGUAAACUCCGAAACGUUGCUUUGUGAAGCCAUGGACUCUGUGUCCCAUCUCUUCAUAUCAACUUCUCUACAAAGAUAUGUGGCAAGAUUAUUAGGCAUUUACAUCGUCUCACCGAGCGGACAGUGGUCAGUGACGGUGGGACAAACGUUUUUGUUCACCUGCUUCGUGGAGUGCACUCCGUCCUGUACCUACAUGUGGACCUUUGAGGGAAAGACGUACACAAACGACCAGGUCCACGUUCCCGUCUUCCACAAAGGAGAGAAGCCUAUGAUCAAGGAGGAGCAAGAGAUCACUGUAACACAGGAUCAUCGUACAGAACCACUGACAUGCCAAGCCAAAAAUACAGUCUCAGGAGCCACCAUUAGUGUCACCCAGAUCUUGACCAUCGACAAUCCCUACUCUGUGCGCCCGGCCACUCAAGGAGUGCCAAUGGCCGGCCAGACCUACUCCCUCCAGUGCAUCGGCUCACAGAACCCAGCCUCAAUUACAUGGCUCCAAAACAGCCUCUCACUGCCUGUGUCCGACCGACUGGUUCUGUCACAAGACAACACCCUGCUCACCUUCAGUCCUCUCAUGGAGUCUGACACAGGAACGUACCAAUGUGUUAUCAAUGUAGAUAUAGGGGACGUCAAGUCACUUGGCUACAGAAUGCAGGUCAAUUUUGGACCCUCCAAAGUGCAGAUAGUUGAGGUUAACAAGGGUGCAGUCGGUAAGGAGCUGACUGCCCUGGCUGGAUCCAUCACAGCCCUGCAGUGUGUGGCUGACUGCUAUCCCGGCUGCUCCAUCAGCUGGUUCUACAACGGCAAGAUGGUGUCCGGGAACGCCUCCAUCUCCUUCACACCAGUGACUCCACCCGACCAAGCCGUUCUCCGCUGCGUUGCGUACGACCCUCUGACCAUGAAGAACAGCUCUGCUGAGACCACCGUCAUCGUUCCUUUUGGACCCUUCAAAGUGGAGAUCAUUGAAGCCCAAAAGGGUCCAGUCGGUAAGGAGCUGACUGCCCUGGCUGGAUCCAUCACAGCCCUGCAGUGUGUGGCCGACUGCUAUCCUGCCUGCUCCAUCAGCUGGUUCUACAACGGCAAGAUGCUGUCCGGGAACGCCUCCAUCUCCUUCACACCAGUGACUCCACCCGACCAAGCCGUCCUCCGCUGCGUUGCGUACGACCCUCUGACCAUGAAGAACAGCUCUGCUGAGACCACCGUCAUCGUUCCUUUUGGACCCAUCAAAGUCCAGAUUGUUGAGGUUAACAAGGGUGCAGUCGGUAAGGAGCUGACUGCCCUGGCUGGAUCCAUCACAGCCCUGCAGUGUGUGGCUGACUGCUAUCCCGGCUGCUCCAUCAGCUGGUUCUACAACGGCAAGAUGUUGUCCACGAACGCCUCCAUCUCCUUCACACCAGUGACUCCACCCGACCAUGCCGUCCUCCGCUGCGUUGCGUACGACCCUCUGACCAUGAAGAACAGCUCUGCUGAGACCACCGUCAUCGUUCCUUACGGCCCAGUGGCCGUCACCAUCUCCGGAUCGCCUUCUAUAGAGGUCGGGGUCAAGGCCUCGUUCACGUGCAGCGCCACCUGCAGCCCGGCCUGCACCUACACCUGGACCGUGUACGGCUCCCCGGUGAAGGGCAGCUCCAUCGACAUCACCGCCAGCCGCUACGUGGCCACGGAGUCCAUCAGCUGCCAGGCGCAGAACAGCCUCUCGGGGAAGACCGCCACAGUCAACGAUACUCUCACCGUCUCAGAACCCCAUUGGUGUGGAUGUUGAGUGGAGGGUGAGAAGCAACAUUCAACUUGGAAGUGUUUCUGCGAUGCAGUAGGCCGUGACAAUAGAUUAUGGUUGUGUAUAUUUGAUAAUCAUUCUAUGGUUGUUGUUUCUAUAAGAUGCAAACAUGAUUCUAGCAUCAGUACUCUAUUGAAGUAUCCGUCCCCAAACCGACCGAUACCUUUUCAGUUUCAUGAUAUACAAGCCAAACUAUGCAAUCUCUAAUAAAUCUUUGGAGUCAAUG